AUGAGGCUUUCUGCAGUGGUCCUAACCUCCUUCCUUGCUGCCACUGUUCUGGCACAGGAUAUCACGCCCAUUCUCAAGUUGCCGCCGUGCCCUAGGAAUUGCAUCUGGUCCUUGCUGCAGAAGGCAGGCGAAUUUGGCUGUGGCAGCACUGAUGCCAAGUGUCUCUGCCGUAAUGCUAGGUAUCAGGGUGAACUUGAAAAAUGUGCCACUACUCAGUGUAAGCCCAAUGAAGUCGACCUUAUGCGGAGUGUGGGCAGAACAUACUGCGAACAAGCUGGUGCACCAUUACCACCACAGCCGGUUUCCAUUGAACCAUCCCUUUCUCCGGAUUACCCGUUUCCCAGUUUCACUUCCACUGGCGGAAUUCCGGUCCCCUCUCCCAGUGUCACCCAUCCUAACUACCCAUACCCAUUCCCUACCUACCAUUCAUCUGGGUCUCUCUCUCCAGUUAUCACCACUGCUAUUGUUCACACCUCUUCCACCAAAGAUGGUAGUGAAACUAGCGGAAUGAAUGGUCUCCCGAGUGAUGAUGUUCUUAUCCAAACUACCAUUCGUUGCAUCUUAUCCACGGUUCGCAUCAACUCGAAGCCGAUGCCUCCUCUUGCAACUGGACAGUCCCCAAGCGCCCCGCUUACAAACACGACCUCAACUGUUCCAGUUGACAGUCAAACAUUGCCCGUCGUUACGUCUCCCGUAAUCGUGACAACCACUACCGAAAGCUCAGAGGCCAGCCUGUCUACUUCAACCACCGGCGUCGGCUCGAAAGGACCUUCUAUUACGAUUCCUGUCGAGAGCUCGUCAAACUCGACUCUUUUCAGCACGGAAACCAGCGAUCAACCUUCUACUAUCAUUAUUAACCCACCGGAAACCUCGACUAGCACCAGAAUCGUGACAAUAAAGCCCAUUGCCCCCCCACAAACUACUGCGCCUGAUGCAGCCUUUCCGAACAGUGGUUCUGGCUUCCAGCUGCAUGGGUGUGCCAUCUUAGCCGGAUUUCUCAUUGCCAUUCUCUAG